UGAGUGAAUGGUCCUCUUCACAACAAUGUGGGCAAACACACCCACGACAUCGUCAAAAUUAACAAAACAAGAAAACAAAAUACGCACUUGUUUUUCUCCCCCCAUGCUUUAUUGCAUCAUGUUUGCAGUUAACUCCUACUCCUAGUUUUCCUUAUUCAUCAUUUAUGAAGUGGGCUACGCUCAUUCACCCAGUGCUUUUCAGAAGUGGGAGGGACGGAGGGAAAGAGGAACGGUUCCACGCGCGAACCGCGCGCUUCACGGCACGCUGACGAAACUCCUCCACGUUUUGCUCAAUAUAAAUAAAUACAAAUUCGGAAGCGGUGUAAAAUAAUCCAUUCAAUGUCAACGAUAACUGAACUUACGCGAUACCAUAGUACUCUUAUACGCCAGUCUCGUAGAAGUGAAUAAAAAGAAGGUAAAGUUGAAGAGCAAAGAAUAUAAGUCAAAGGAUUUAUGCAAGAAAGCAGGGGAGAUUGAGUUUGUUUUUGACUUUGUUAGUUGUGUUACGAGCAAAGUACUUACAUCUUUACAGAGAAUCGAGAAAGAAUAGGACUCUCUGUUCUUUAACUCGUCACGUCAACCCCGUUGGUACUUGUGCUUCUUUGCCCCUUACUGGAAAACAGAAGUAACUAGAACCAGUGAUAUUUUGCUCAGUCACGUCUGUCCCAGAUGUUUCAAGGGAUCCUGUUUCUAUACAGAGGGUUAGCAUAAACCAGGCAACACGCUUCCAUCAUGAAUCUCUACACAAGACUGAUCUCUCUUCUCGCCCUACUAUGGCCACACGCAGCACUUUCCGGAGUAGAGGCUCGAACCAGUUCGUCGUCUGUGCAGAGCCACCAAAGUGACAAUCCGUCUACCAGACUACCGCCAAGCCUUUCGGAUUUUGAAGACUUGACCCCGAUCGGGGAUAUAUUUGACGAUGAAAAUGACGAUGAGUUUUUGGAGGAGGAGGAAUUUUUAUCGCCUUCGAGUCGGAUGCCAUCGGAGGAUAUAGAGUCGUUAAAAGAGAUGGGUUACCGACAGAGAGAGCUGUUGAGAGAGAGGGACCGAUUACUCGGAAUGCAGAAUUUCCAAAUGGGAAUCCUAAACAAGUUAAGACUUCGUAAAUUGCCAACAAUAGACCAAAAGGCAAAAGAAAAGAUUCUCAGCAAGCUACAAGAACAACAUUGGAGUAUCUUUGCUUCACCACCACAAAGAGAGGAGAGAAGAUGUUUACUUUCAAACUGUACUGUUCCAGAAGGAUCGGAUGAACGUAUGUGGCUGUCUGCUGAACAGCCCGAGCUCCGACUUUAUUUUCCCAUUCCCAAAAUGAAGAAAAGACGGUCGCCUGAUUUUGAAAUACGCGAUGGGCGACUCAAAGUGUUUCUCAAACCAAUGACAGAUUGUCCCUGUUCCCUACACGCUCUUACAGAUGAGAGUGAAGCGACACCUACGUACAUUGUAUCUGUAUAUCAGUUCACAAGGCCACUGGCUAUUCGAAAAGAGACUAGAGUGGUGUAUAAGCGCCGUCUGCUGGAUGAAGUAGAGGUCAGGAGCUACGGGAAUGUGUGGGUCAGCCUCAAGGUCAAGAAGGUGGUCACGCUGUGGUUAUCCAGGGCCAGGAAAAACUUUGGUCUUGAGGUCUCUGUUCGAGCGCUCAACGGGACAGUCGUGAACGCCCGCGAUGUCCUUGUGGCGCCAGAUUGCAAAAAUGAACGUGCUGAGAGAACUUGCAGGGAUGACGAUGGGCUGCCCGUUGAAGAGGCACCGUGGACGAGAGCAGCGCUGCUACCCUCCAGUUACAGGAGAAACACCCCUUACCUCGACUUCACUUACCACUACUGAUACUUCUCCUCGGGGUCAUUCUCACCUGGACAAGAAUUCCCUACUGGACCGGAACUAUUUUUCUCAAAAUUCGUUUUGAAAUAUUUAACAAUAUACAAUACAAAACAAAACAAAGCAAAAAAAAAGACGAAACAAAAGCGACGGGCCGCAGAUUGAACCGUAAUGUUUCCACCUGGCGUUUUCUUAAUGUAUUACUACCGAUAACUUCUGUACCAUUCGCAAAUCAUCUCGGGAACAUUUCAGUGAGUAAGUGUAAUGAAUAUUAUUUAAAUGGAAGAUCUUGAAUUCGAGUUUAGAGCUUUAGAUGCCUUUUCUAUCCGUUAACUUUCCACGUAAAAAGUUCCUAUUUUGGGGGGAAAACAAUUUGCCAAUAUUAUGGUAGAAUACGCUUGAUUGAAAUAAGUUUAAAAUUCAACCCAAAAAAAGAAGAAAUUUAAUCCUACUUCAAGAUAAGCUUUAUAACGCUAAUCCUUUGCGUUGUCCAAAUAAAUUGCUCAUACCCUGUUUGUUUUUGUGCCUAGCAUGCUCAAUCCUUUUUCAAUAACCCAUUCGAAUGAAAGUUUAAUUUGACUCUCACGUUUUCUAGUAGUACUUUUAAAUCUCACUGUUGUUUUGUAGGACUUUUUAAAAAAUAAUAUGUUAUAUAAACAUACAAAAAGACCAUUGCGAACAAAAUUGAUAGAUGCUUUUUCACUUCCAACGAUAGGACAAUGUAUUUGCCCCGUUGCCGAAAAGCAACAACAAAAAAAAGCCCUCACAAACUAUAACAAUAGCAGAAGCAGCAACAACAACAA